UCCCACAACCCACUGCGAGCGCAGCUAAGGUGACGGGGGAAAAUGGCUGCAUAUUUAACUCAUCAACAAAAGGUCUUACGACUGUACAAAAAAUCUUUGAGGCACCUCGAAUCAUGGUGCAUUUUCAGGGAUAAGUAUCGUUUCUACGCGUGCAUGCUGAGGUCACGGUUUGAUGAGCAUAAGGAUGAGAGAGACAUGAUAAAAGCCACCAAGCUACUGAAAGCUGGAGAAGAGGAGUUCUGGGCCAACCAGCACCCCCAGCCCUACCUGUUCCCUGACUCACCUGGUGGAACCUCUUAUGAGAGAUAUGAUUGCUAUAAGGUUCCUGAAUGGUGCCUGGAUCACUGGCACCCCUCUGAGAAGGCAGUGUACCCUGACUACUUUGCGAAGAGGGAGCAGUGGAAGAAGUUGCGAGCCCAGAGCUGGGACAGGGAGGUCCAGCAGUUGCAGGAGGAAACCCCAGGAGAUGGGCCCAAAUCGGAGGCUCUGCCUCCAGCCAGGAGGGAGGGUGACCUUCCCCCACUGUGGUGGCAGUUUGUGACUCGCCCCAGAGAGCAGCCCAUGUAGGCUGGCCCUAUACACAUGGUUAGGGAUGAGCAUGCUGCGAACCAUGCAGACCUACACUGCAUUAUUGUCCAUCUCCAUCUUCUCACUGGGCUCUUUCUGUAUCUCCUUAUGUGUGUGAUUUGAGUGCACAUACCUCUGCUGUCCACAAGUGCACUCCAUGAAGUGCACUUGUAGUACGCAAGUAGAGUAAUGGGGAAACAGCUCAACACUGAAUCAUUUUGUACUAAGUAGACUGGGAACUUUGAAAAUUGACUUACAGUCCAUGUGUGAUGAGGUCAUGGGGAGUUGCAGUGUGAACCAAUACCUUUACAAUGAGACUUAAAUACAUCUAAUAAACUUGCUGUGUAAAUCAGA